AUGGUUGAAGGGCAAUAUGAAGAAGUUCAUGCGGUACAAGGGCAAGGUGGGGGUGGUAGAAAUUACAACAUGAAUUCAAAUACUUACCACCCCGGUUUACGAAACCACCUAAAUUUUCGAUAUGGGAAUUCCUCAAUCCAAGCCAACCCGAAUUUUCAAGGAAGUAAAGGUAACUUUGUUCCAUGCCAACCGUUUAAUAAUCAAGGUGGGUUUUCGGGUCAAGGUUCCUCGAGUGAAAAUGAGGUCAUGGAGAUGUUGAAAACGAUGCAAAUGGAGAUGCAACAAAGAAAUCAGCUUGAUGAGGUUCGUAUACAAAAAGAUGAAAUCCGUGACAAAGCUAUUCAAUCGUUAACCACUCAAAUGGGUCAACUUGCGAGUGAAGUGGCGAUAUUGAAGAAAGCAAAAGGCCAGUUACCGAGUGACACGGUGACAAAUCCCAAGAACAUAAAAAGCGUUAAUAUCAAUGUGGUAAGCACCGUUGCUAGUACUGAAUUUAAUGAAAAAUUUCUAACCUCUUCGUGUCAAAUAAAUACAGGUAUAGGGAAGGACACCGAUGGUGAAAAUGAUAAAGAACAUGGAGCACCAAUCGUGCCUAUCCAUGUGGGAAAAUUAAAAAUCCCUCACGCAUUGUUAGACUACGGGGCGAGCAUGAGUGUGUUACCAAGUGAUCUAUAUGACAUGUAUGAUUUUGGUCCGCUCGAAGAUAUAGACACCAUGGUGAGUUUGGCGGAUGAGAGUUGGAGGCGUCCGCGAGGAGUGGUUAGGAAUGUUAUGAUUCGGUUGGGAGAAUUCGAAUACCCGGUUGAUUUUCUGGUCUUAGAUUAUGCUACUACCGAGAUGGCGUCACAACAAAGGGUGAUUUUGGGUCGACCGUUUCUCUAUACAGCAAAUGCUCAAAUCAACUGUAGAGACGGGAUCAUUAUUAUCACCGAAAAGAGCCGUAUGUUGUUCUUUGAUGUUCAGACGAGGAUUAUUAGUUAUGAGUCCAUUGAGGGGAAGGAUAGCGAAUCUAAUGGUCAUAUGAAAAGCAUGUGUCAAAGAACGAAAAUGAAUAAACCACCGGGUCGUGAAGAAAAGUAUGAAGGUUCAAGCAGGAGUGUACGUGAUUUUCCACCGAACGAACAUGAGAUGGAUGCAUUUUGCUCAAUGACACGAGGAAAUGAUGGAGAUGAUAGAAAUCUUUUCUUUGAGCCACCAUAA